ACGAAAUUGUGGCAAACAUUCUUCGAAAUACACAGCAUAUUUUGUUAUUAUUCACCAUUCAUAAGCCCAAGGUAAAUGCAAUAAUGUUUUAUUUAAAACGAUGAUGUAACUGGUUGUUUAACCAAAACCAUUUGUAUUUAUUCUUGAACCGGUACGAGCGGCUUUUAGUUGAGACUGAUAAUUCGUCGACUUAAGGUCGUACCCCGGUACCUGAUUAAAAAUUGUUUUUUUUUUUGUAGUUUAACAAACAAGAUAUCAUCAUCAUGAGCCAACAACAGUACUACCCAUUCAAGUGCACUCCUACUGUUUACCCAGCAGAUCCCUUUGACCCUGUCGCCGAUGCAGCGACCCUAAAAAAGGCGAUGAAGGGCUUCGGCGCCGACGAAAAAGCCAUCAUCGACGUCUUGGCCCGUCGAGGAAUCGUCCAAAGAUUGGAAAUCGCCGAAACUUUCAAGACUUCGUACGGCAAAGACCUCAUUUCUGAGCUAAAGAGCGAACUCGGAGGCAAAUUCGAGGACGUCAUUGUUGCCCUUAUGACUCCCUUGCCCCAAUUCUAUGCCAAAGAACUUCACGAUGCUGUAUCUGGUGUUGGUACCGAUGAAGAGGCUAUCAUUGAAAUUUUAUGCACCUUGUCCAACUAUGGUAUCAGGACAAUUGCACAAUUUUAUGAACAAUUGUACGGAAAACCAUUAGAAAAAGACUUAAAAGACGACACAUCCGGCCAUUUCAAAAGACUUUUGAUUUCUCUGUGCCAAGCUAACAGAGACGAAAACCAAGGUGUUAAUGAGCAACAAGCCGAAGCUGACGCCCAAGCCAUUAUUGAAGCAGGCGAAUCCAAAUGGGGAACCGAAGAAUCCGUCUUCAAUUCCAUCCUGAUUACUAGAAGCUACCAGCAACUCCGAGCCACUUUUGCCGAAUACGAACGCCUCACUGGUAAAGAUAUCGAAACUCCAAUCAAAAAAGAAUUCUCUGGCAGCAUCCAAAAAGGAUUAUUGGGAAUUGUUAAGUGUGUCAAGAGUAAAGUAGGCUACUUUGCUGAACGUCUUCACGAUUCAAUGGCCGGUUUGGGCACAAACGAUAAGACUCUGAUCAGAAUUAUCGUGUCCAGAUCCGAAAUCGAUUUGGCCGACAUCAAGCAGGCCUUUUUGGACAAGUACGGCAAGGCUUUGGAAAGCUGGAUCCAGGAUGAUGUAGGUAGCGACAUCAAAUACGUAUUGGUUGUACUAUCUACAUUCUAAAGAAUUGUCUCAGGUCUGAGGUCACUCAAUUAAAAAGAAAUUAUAUUAUAUAUUUAAAUGCUAAAAUAAAUAUAUCUAUAUUCUAUAUAUAGGAGUUAUAUUUAGUGGCCUUAUUAUAUAAAAAUGUUACAAUUAGAUUUUAUUUAUUUUUACACCAGUGUUAUUCUAUUUAUUGGAGUGCAAAACAUUAAUUAUUUUUCUCAUUGUAUUCAGAAUUUGUUUUUAUUUUAAAUAUAUUACAGUAAUUAUUAUCUAUAUUUUUUUUCUUUUUGUAAAACAAUUGUAUGUGCUUUAUGGUGCUUUCAAUAAAAAUACAUUUCAGAAAUGAA